AUGUCAAGAGACAUAGACAUCAGCAAAAAAUGCAGGGGUUCUUGUACUGAUGACCCACGAAUUAGUGCUAGGACAGAUUUAGUAGGAGGUACUAUAGACUACGGGUUUUGUGCUCAUGAGAAGCUAUCUACAUGGAUAACUGGUCUUAACUAUGCUAAUAAGCCCCUUAGAAUAGAAUAUGAGAAAGGUGUAUCUCAUACUUCAUUUUCCACCAACUAUUCUAUGAUAUGGGAGGCUACAACAUAUUAUCGUGAUUAUGGUAACAGAGCCACCAUACAGACUCCUCUCCUACUUGGGGUCAAGGAUUAUAGUGGAGCAGAAUAUAAAUGGUAUGAGAACCUAGAUAAAGGUAAUACAAUAUGGAGGAAGAUCGGUAAUACUAACGAAUUUCCUACUAUUGACCCAGGGCAGGGUGGAAAUGAGUUCAAGGAUAAGCUAGAUCAACUAGCAUGUAGGCUACAGGGUAUUGUUGAAAUAAACCUCUCCAAAGACAAAGAUGAGGAAUAUUGUCACAAUCAUGACAAUGAUGAAGAAGUCUACACUAAGAAGGUAAAAGUUACACUUAACCCUGACAUAUUUGACUUUCCUAAGUAUGUCACAUUUGAUCAUAUUCCAAAUCCUCAAAUUUAUGGAACAACUGAAUUGACUAUAGGAGGAUUUAACAUUGGAGGUACUCCACAAAAUGUGAGUGGACUACACUUCCCCGUUAAAGCUACUAAAAUUACCAUAUUUAUGCCAGCAUGUGAUCACAAGCCGUUCCUUUUCCACAUAAAGUCUGAAAAUUCAUCUUACAAUGAUAGAUGGUUUAAGAAUACUGGUGGAAAUGUUUGGAUAGAAUAUAAUGUGCUAACAGGCAAUACACCGGAUAGAGCUAAUGAACGUGUUAAGAGAGACUUUGAAACCCUUACAGGAAGUUUGAGUGUAAACCAAUGCAAGGCUCCUAGCGAGGUAAAACUGGACAUUACUAAGAUUCCAUCUCCUGGAAAAAAUGAAACUCUCUACUUUGAUGGUAAUACUCCAAUACUUGUUAAGAAAGAAAACCCUAAUAAUAUACCUAAGGUAUUCUUAAAGUACUCUCAUAGACCUGUCACUGGUAGUAGUAAUACUUUUGUUGUAAGUAAUAAGUUGAAAGAUGGUCAGAUAGGAUCGAUGAACACUAUACAUAAUGUUAAAGGUUUUUUCGUCUACUUCUGGACUGAGAAUGACAACUUACCGAUCCUAGUUGGAAUUAAAAAGAGUAGUUGGCAGGAUGGUAGUGAUCAACCAAAGUACUAUAGCAAGGGCAAUAGUGGAUAUAGUCAUAUUUGGACCCCUACUUGGGUAUCUGGUAUGAGUGAACUACAGGCACUUGAUGAUCAAAAUUGUAGCAGGAACUAUGCUAUCCCUUUUGAAAUAACCGAUCCUACCGAUCCAUCCCAGUUCCUUUCUAAUAAGAACGAAUCCGCUUGCAUAAAAACUACCAGAAGGAUUACAGAAUCUAAGUCUCAACCUAGUGUUCCUGGAUAUACUGUUCAAGAGUACAUAAUUAAUAGAGGUGGCACUAGGAUCUCUAGAGUCACACACAACGGAAAAGAUACCACAGGUGUUACUCUCGCUAAAAACGAUACAGUAUCUAAGGUACGAGUUUACUCACAUAAACCUACUAGCAUUCCUCUAAUGGUAGAGUUUAUAAAUAACGGUGGAAGUGGCUCUAAGUGGUUCUAUAGUAAAGACAAAGAGGGUCUUACUUGGGGAACUCUUAGUGGAAUAUCCAAUGGAUUUUAUAAAGGAAACUAUCCUACUGAUGAGCUUACCAGGCAACUUGAUGGUAUAAGGUGUGUUCGCGACAAUGAGGUUACUUUGGAUCUAUCCUAUGCUGUGUCUAGUACGCAGGCUCCAUAUUGUUGCAAUAGUCAUAAUACUGGUAGUGGAUACAAUGUUACAGUCACCCUUCAAUCUACUACAAUAAUUGGUUCAAAAGCUUUAGAUUACUACAAACAUUCUCUGACUGCUAAUACUAAGCUUGCUGCAAUAAAGUACUAUCCUCAUGGAACCUCUGAUACUAGAAAGUAUAUCAGACCCUCUGAAUUAACUUUGCCUACCACAGAACAGACUACAAUAUAUGUUUUUUAUUGUCCAAAGGAUCCAGUGCUCAUCUAUAUUAGUUCACCCGGAGAAAUCUCAGCCACAGGCUGGUAUAAAAAGAGCACUUCUGCUGGAGAUGAUUCCAAAUGGAUAAAAGUAUUGAUUGGGCUCAAAGAUCCAAAUAAUAUCAAAGGUUGUAGUCCAGAAUUUGAUCUACUUUCUGAAGUUCUCAGAGGGUUGAAUUGUACGGACAUAGGAACUUGUAAUCAAAGUAAGGCUCACACAAAAGUGGAUGUAUCCUUUGAUAUAUCAUCUAUGCAGCAUAGUAAAGGAGAUGUUGGAUCCAAAGGACCUGCUGGCUCAUCUGCCCCUCCUGGAGACCCUGGUGAAGGAACUCAGGAUACUAGUACAGGAAGUAGGAGCGAUAGUGGGUUGUUAGGUUCCCUCGUUGGAGAUAUGGGAGUGCUUCUUGGAAAAGCAGGUGAAACUGUCAUAAAUCUACUUACCACACCUCUAAAGACUAAUGACUUUAUCUCUCCAUCUCCUAAAACACAAACUGCUGCUGGUGAUCAAUCUUCUGAUGGAGCUGCUCAUACUGAUGUUAAUAGUCCAUCUGGUAGAGAAACUGGUGAUAGAGUUCAAGCUGAUGGAACUGCAAUUCAAGAUGGACUUGGUCCCCCUGCUCCUGGAGCUGCUAGUAGUGAACCUAAAGAUGAUACUGAAGAUAAUCAACCUGGAGGUGGAGUAUCAUACUCUGGUACUGCUGGAUCUCCUACUACUUGUGGAGGAUCCAAUGAUCCCGCCCCUCCUCCUCCUCCUCCUCAACCUGUUUCUCCUACUUCUAAAGUUACUGCUGAAGAUGAAGCUCCUACUCCUCCUGAAUCUGGUAAAACUGAACGUUCUACUGGUGGACUUCUUGAACUUCCUAUUGCCACUAGUCUAUGGUCAACCUUUGGAGUAUCUUCUGGCCCUCUUGCCGGAGCUGGUGGUCUUACUGGACUUGGUUGGUGGGCAUUUAAACGUUCUAAAGGAGAUCCUUGGGUUAGACAAGUGUAUCUUAUGGAUCAGUAA